AACUACUUCUUCUUCUGCCUUUAUUUGAAUAGGAAUACAUAAGUUUUAUUUUUCGUACAAGGUUUUUGGUUUUUUCUUUUUUCUUUUUAAUUGGAUCAGCUCGUAGUGCCCGACCCUCCAACCAAUUAGCAUUAUUCGGUAUUCAUCGCAACCAAAUCGCAUAAAAGACACCGGUCGGGGUCCAUCGGAUUCCCAUUUUCCGUUGAAGCAAGGAGAAGAAUUCCGGCAUUGAAUUAGAUUAGAUCUCCCAGGACAAGACUUGGAUCUUUUUUCGCUUGCUGCGUAGAUCCUCUGCUUCGUUUCUCUGUUAUCUACAUUCUACACACGCAGAUUCUGGCAUCCCUUUGUUGAAUUGUGCAUUUACCCUAUUUCCCUCAACAAAUUUCUCUGCUGAGCCGGACAUUCUUUUAACAUGGGCUUGAAGGCCCUUGCCAGCAGAUAGCAGAAAAUGUGCAUAACCGUGUUGUAUGAGACUACAUUUAUUGUCGAUAACUACUCUAGCUCAGCUUAACUUCUCAACUGCAUGUUGGUUUUCCUGGAGGGGGAUCACAUUUCUAAACCAUGGGAGAGUGGGUCAUUGGAGCAUUCAUCAACCUCUUUGGCAGUAUUGCCAUCAACUUUGGGACAAACCUUCUUAAAUUAGGUCACAAUGAGAGAGAAAGACAUUCUACAAUGGAUGGUGGAGGAAAGACCCCCUUGAAGCCUAUCAUAUACUUCCAAACUUGGAGAGUUGGUAUUCUCUUUUUUGUUCUCGGAAAUUCCCUAAACUUCAUUUCGUUUGGUUAUGCCGCUCAGUCACUUCUUGCAGCCUUGGGAUCUGUUCAGUUUGUAUCCAACAUUGCAUUUGCCUUCUUCGUGUUAAACAAAAUGGUUACAGUAAAGGUACUAGUUGCCACUGCAUUUAUAGUUCUUGGAAAUAUUUUUCUUGUCGCCUUUGGAAACCACCAGUCCCCUGUUUAUACACCAGAGCAAUUGGCAGAGAAAUACAGCAACAUAACAUUUCUUCUUUACUGCCUAAUUUUGAUCUUAGUUGUUGCAUUACAUCACUCUAUCUACAGGAGAGGGGAACAUCUCCUUGUGGUUUCUGGACAAGACCUUAGACCAUAUUGGAACAUGCUGCUUCCUUUUUCAUAUGCUGUAGUUUCAGGUGCUGUGGGAUCAUGCUCGGUGUUAUUUGCAAAAUCUCUCUCUAACCUUCUAAGGUUGGCGAUGUCCAAUGGUUAUCAGUUGCACAGCUGGUUUACAUACUCCAUGUUACUUUUAUUUCUUAGUACAGCUGGAUUUUGGAUGACAAGGUUGAAUGAAGGACUGUCACUCUUUGAUGCAAUCCUUAUUGUUCCCAUGUUUCAAAUUGCUUGGACUUUCUUCUCCAUUUGUACAGGAUUUAUUUACUUUCAGGAAUAUCAGGUGUUCGAUGCACUGAGGACAACUAUGUUCAUACUAGGAAUGAUGUCUGUGUUCAUAGGCAUUUCUUUAUUGGCACCUGAUGAGUCAAGAGGCGGUGAAAUUAAGGAUAUAGAUUCUGUUAUGUCUUCAAGCAAUUCGACUGAAACUGACAGGUUGAUCUUGCCAUCCGAAGAUGUACAGAAUAAAGAGAUAAAAUCAUUUACACAAGGAAUGAUGGUAAAGAUCACAGAUAUGCUAGCCAAGGCAAAGACGACAUGUUUGUUAUCAUUAGGUUUCGGGGAGGAUUCGAUCAAUGCAUCUGCAGUUCUUGUAAUGCCUAUGAUGUCAUCAAAGAUAACAGGCUUUAGAGGAGGUGGGUUUGAUCGGAGUCGGAUAUUCUCCAUGAAAAAUUCUAGUUGGACUAGAGUUGCAAUGGAUGAAGAUAGUGCGAAGAUGUUGAAUGGAGGACCGGUGCUCCCGCAAAGCAUCCGAUAGGGAUAGCAAUGAGCAUUGAUUUUUUUUUUCUUUUCUCAUACUUGUCACUAGUAACACGUUAGCUUUAGGAUUGAUUUGUUCUUGUGAGAUUUGUUGAGCAUAUUGUUGCUCAUAGAAGCAUCACACUCAUACGUUUACUACAAUGUAUAGUCUUUGCUUACUUGAUUGAAAGGAAAGGAAAGGAAAUACUCCUCUUUCUUGGAGAAUGUAAUUAAGAAAAAGAAUACUGCUGGAACGACUUAUGCCCUCGUCGGGUUAUUCCAAAACAAAUUGUUGAAGUUACUACUA